CCAGCAUAAAUUCGGCAGCAUUUAAUGUUGAUCAAAAGUGCGUUUUGCAACACUAUACUAGCAGCGUUCAGCGGCAAUGAUAAGUAAACGGCGGUAACCAAAAUAGAAACAAUAACCAACCAAUUGCAAAGCAUUGAAGGAUUUUUCUAUACUUAUGUGCUAAUUGCUAUGUCCAAGCGCAACAAUAUAACCUACGUGAAGCCACAGGAACCCAGUUUUUUGGCCAAACUUAAGGCGGAAAUUGGCUACAAAGAAGGGCCCACCGUCGACACAAAGCGCCAAAAACUCGAGGGUCAGGACCAGGACGACUGCGACUACGAUUCCAGUGAGGAGCGACCCGAACGCGAAGACGAGAAGCCCCAAAUUGUUGUCCUCUCAAGUGGGGAUCUCAGCGCCGAUGAGGUGGCCCUCGAGCAGCAGCGCAUAGCGAAAGAUAGGGGUGGGGGAAAGUAGUGCGUGCCACGCCCGCAACGCACCGCCCAUGUGCGUCUCUAUGGCAGCGCAGUUCCAAUGUUCCUCUCUCCUUUGAGUUUGACUAUUGCAAUUAAUGUGGCAAUGCCAGCGGAGCACCCUCAUUGACACACACAUGCACACACUCACAUACAAAUAUACAGCUGGCGCAAAGCAUACACACUGACAUUUUCAUUGGGGGCUCCGCUAAAGCGGAGCAUGUGAUAAAAAUCAUAGCCAAAGCGGAGCGCACGAUAAAGCAGCCGGGCAAGAGAAGUUAACAAAUAUAACGGCGACCAAAAACCAACAACAGCUGCCGCUCUGUUGCUGCUGCUGUUGCUGCUGGCGUCGUCAUCACCCCGCCACCGACACCUCUGCUGCUGCUGUUGCUCUUGCCAUUGUUGUUGUUGUUGGUGCUGCUCAGAAGGCCCGCGCAGAAAAUCGGGUGAAAACGUGUGAAAGAAUGAACGAAGCAGCAAAACGGGAGAGACAAUGAUGAACGAAACAGGCGAACAAAGAGAGCACAGCAAGUGGCUUGACGACGACGACGUCGACAAU